AUGCAAGAUCACAUUAAAUCUUCCCAAAAUAAACCUCAAAUGUUAUUGGUAACGAGCACUAUGACGAAACCAAUUAUAACUACUUCUCAAACACAGGUCAUUUAUAAUGGAUUGACAUACCAAUCACCGAUAUUGCAGUUGCCAGUUAGCCACAACUCAAAUCAGCAACCUGUUCGAAUUCUGCGUAAUAACACUAUAAAAUUGGCACCUAUACAAAUAAAUAACCUUCAAGCAUUUACGAGACUAGGGUACCCAAGUACAAAUCGUAUAAUUCGAUCACCACUUCUGGUACCUAGGACAACAAAUAUCUACUCGUACAACUCCAGCAAUUUAUUAAAGAUAACCUCAAGAAAUAGACCUCAUAGUAAUAUGGGUCCUAUUUACGUGUUAAAAAAACCGUCUCAAUUUCUACAUUUAGGCAACCAAAAUUUCUCCAACUUCAAUGGAUGGUCACCAGAACCCUUACAAAACAUCAUUGUUGUUCCUUACGUACCGCUCUUAACAGUAAAUGAGCAAAGACCAGUUUCUUUAUCACAACAAACACAAGUAAGAGAUCAAACGAAUAUGGAGAUUCCCAAAGAGCCUAAUUUGGAAUCUGAAAAGGAAUCAAGUGAGCGGGCAGCUGCUAUCAAACGCAUAGUCGAAUCAUUCGAAGCUUUGGAGAAGAUUAUUGAGCAUAAGUCUAAAGAAAGAAACGAAGCAAAUCAAAGAGAGGAAAAUAAUCACAGCAGUCUAUCAAGUACAUCAGUACGCUCGUUGUGCUCUGAAUAUUGCA